AUGAAGAACCAAUCGAUGGAAAUAGAGUUCAUUCUUUUAGGACUGACAGAUAACCCACAGUUGCAAAUUGCGAUUUUCCUGUUUCUAUUUCUCAACUAUACCUUGAGCCUGAUGGGGAACUUAGUCAUCAUCAUCCUCACCUUGCUGGAUCCUAGGCUCAAGACUCCAAUGUAUUUCUUUCUCCAUAAUUUCUCCUUUUUGGAAAUAAUAUUCACAACAGUGUGCAUUCCUAGAUUCUUGAUAACCAUUGUGACUAGAGACAGAACCAUUUCUUAUAAUAAUUGUGUAACUCAAUUAUUUUUUAUUCGUUUACCGGGAGUUACUGAGUUUUACCCCCUGGCUGCCAUGUCCUAUGAUUGCUGUGUUGCCAUCUGCAAACCACUGCCUUAUCCAAUCAUUAUGAGCAGCUAAGUGUGCGACCAACUUGUACUCAGCUCUUGGAUAACUGGACUCUUAAUCAUAUUUCCCCCAUGGGUCAUGGGACUCAAGCUGGAUUUCUGUGCUUCCAAAACUAUUGACCAUUUUAUGUGUGAAACUUCUCCUAUUCUUCAGAUCUCCUGCACAGAUACACAUGUCCUAGAAUUGAUGUCUUUUAUUCUAGCUGUGGUGACACUUGUGAUCACAUUGGUAUUAGUGAUUCUCUCUUACACUUGCCUUAUUAAGACCAUUCUAAAAUUCUCUUCUGCACAGCAAAGGAGCAAGGCAUUUUCCACCUGCACUUCCCACAUGAUUGUUGUCUCCAUGACAUAUGGUAGCUGUAUCUUUAUGUAUAUUAAACCAUCUGCAAAGGAAAGAGUGACUGUAUCCAAAGGUGUAGCUUUGUUGUAUACCUCAAUUGCCCGUUUACUAAAUCCCUUCAUUUAUACUCUCAGAAACCAGCAGGUAAAAGAGGUCUUCUGGGAUAUAUUACAAAAGAAUUUGUGUUUUUCUAAAAGACCAUUUUAA